UCAGAGGAGGUGGCCGGAGGCAGCCAGGAUGACAGCUCUCCCCAGGAACCGAGCCAUCUACUGAAAACCAUGACCAGCAAGUCCCGCUGGAAGCUCCUGGCCAUGCUGGCUCUGGUUCUGGUUGUCAUGGUGUGGUACUCCAUCUCCCGAGAAGACAGGUACAUUGAGCUUUUCUAUUUUCCCAUCCCAGAGAAGAGGGAGCCAUGCCUGCAGGGCGAGGCAGAGAGGAAGGCCUCUAGGAUCUUUGGCAACUACUCCCGAGAUCAGCCCAUCUUCCUGCAACUUAAGGACUUUUUCUGGGUCAAAACACACUCUGUCUAUGAGCUGCCCUAUGGGACGAAGGGGAGUGAAGACCUUCUUCUGCGGGUUCUAGCUAUCACCAGUUAUUCCAUGCCGGAAAGCAUCCAGAGCCUGCAGUGCCGCCGCUGCGUGGUGGUGGGGAAUGGGCACAGGCUUCGGAACAGCUCGCUGGGAGAGGCCAUCAACAAGUAUGAUGUGGUCAUCAGAUUGAACAAUGCUCCAGUGGCUGGCUACGAGGGGGACGUGGGCUCCAAGACCACCAUGCGUCUCUUCUACCCUGAAUCUGCCCACUUCGACCCCAAAGUGGAGAAUAAUCCAGACACGCUCCUGGUCCUGGUAGCAUUCAAGGCAAUGGACUUCCACUGGAUUGAGACCAUCCUGAGUGACAAGAAGCGGGUUCGAAAAGGUUUCUGGAAACAGCCCCCCCUCAUCUGGGAUGUCAACCCCAAACAGAUUCGGAUUCUCAAUCCCUUUUUCAUGGAGAUUGCAGCUGACCGACUUCUGAGCCUGCCGAUGAUGCAACAUUCUCGCAAGAUUAAGCAGAAGCCCACCACAGGUCUGCUGGCCAUCACCUUGGCCCUCCACUUCUGUGACCUGGUGCACAUUGCUGGCUUCGGCUACCCCGAUGUCUACAACAAGAAGCAGACCAUUCACUACUAUGAGCAGAUCACACUCAAGUCCAUGGCAGGGUCAGGCCACAAUGUCUCCCAGGAGGCGCUAGCCAUCAAGCGGAUGCUUGAAAUUGGAGUUGUCAAGAACCUCACUUACUUCUGA